AGGAGGCGGAGCUUGAGGGCGUGUUCAGGGCAAGGAUGAGUACAGGUGAGAGGAGCUGACGCUGACAGUGGCAACGUGCCUGGACUGUACAGCAGUCGCGAUAGCAGCUCGCGCACACCUCUCUUCACGACACCGACACCUGGACCAGCACCAUGAGUGAUUUGAAGAACCCUCCUCCCUACACCAUACCAAUUGAUGGUCAAGGGGACAAAGUGAAGGUUUACCAUGUCCACACCCCCUUCAAUCCCUCUGUACCCGAGCAGUCAGCGUCUACAGUGCCAGUGUACACAGGUGGAGGCGGAGGCCCGACUGGAGGCUACAGUGGCACGGGCAGGAGCUACGACACCACGCUGGGCCGUGUUUCCGGCAUGGCCAACUGUCCUAGCUGCCAGCAGCAGGUGAUGACCAACGUAGAGUACAAAGCAGGGACCUACUCCUGGUUGAUGGUUCUACUCUUCAUCUGCCUUGGAUUGUGGUGCUGCUGCUGCCUCAUCCCGCUUUUGAUUAAGAGCUUCAAGGACGUGCACCACUUUUGCCCUCGCUGCCACAGACUGCUGCACGUGGAGAAGAAGAAAUGCUGCAAAUGAAACAGAUGGCCGCCGACAAAAGGGGCGUAGAAAUAAAGACCACAGUGCUGCUUUGUUCGCCACAAAGUGACUUCUUCAUAUUUCUACGGACCAGCAAACAUUGGUAAUAGUGUAAUGCAGUAACAAUAUAAUGCAGUAAUAGUGUAAUGCAGUAAUAUUGUAUUGCAGUUAUAAUGUAAUGCAGUAAUAUUGUAAUGCAGUAAUAACAUAAUACAGUAAUAGUGUAAUGCUGUAAUAGUGUAAUGUAUAAAUAAUGUAAUGCAGUAAUAUUGUAAUACAGUAAUAGUGUAAUACAGUAAUAAUGUAAUGCAUUAAUAAUGUAAUACAGUAAUAUUGUAAUACAGUAAUAAUACAAUAAUAGUGUAAUGCAGUAAUAAUGUAAUAAUGUGAUAAAGUAAUUAUGUAAUGCAAUAAUAUUGUAAUGCAGUAAUAAUGUAAUGCAGUAAUAAUGUGAUGCAGUAACAAUGUAAUACAGUAAUAUUGUAAUACAGUAAUAGUGUAAUACAGUAACUAUGUAAUGAAGUUACAAUGUAAUACGGUAAUAAUGCAAUACAGUAACAUUCAGUAAUAGUGUAAUGCAGUAAUAUUGUAAUACAGCAACUCUUUAAUACAGUAACAAUGUAAUGAAGUAAGAAUAUUUCCUCUCCUUGACAUUCCUAGCAACACAUGAAGGUUUGCACAUACAUUUAUCAUUUACAUACAUUUAUUACCACGUGAUUAUUCCAAUGUGGAGGACAAGUACCAAGAGAGUGUUUGCUUGCUUUCCUUCCUAACUUGUGUGCGCGUGGUGAGGAGUAGGUAAGCUGUUUCGUAUGAAAUAUUCCAUAUCCUCUUCCAUCUUGUACAUAAAGCAAGCGACAUGCGUCAUGUAAAUCUUUGCUUCAUAGCAACACUGUGUUAGAUUUUGCAGAAAUCAGAUUAUUGAUAUUUCUCUGGAGCCUGACAAACAGUUACAAAUAUAUAUAUUUAUACAUAUAUAUUUCUAUAUAUUCUUCUCUUAGUCCUCAAUUGUGAUGUCUUCCAUUAAUAAUUAUAGAACAAUAUUUGUCAAAUAAAAAUAAACUAUACACCAAAGAAAAA